GUCAUUUGGAGAAUUAACACAAAAAUAAAAUAAUCGUCAAGUCAUGUCACUGUUUAUUAUAAUUCAAUUAUUCAUAUUUGUGAUUUGUGGAAAAGGAGAAUUACUAAAGGAGCAUUGCUUGAGCAAUGGCAAUACUUGCUUUGAAAGAAGUCAAUGUUGUUCAAACAAUUGUCAUUAUUCUCGCUCAUUUGAUCCUGUUUGCAUUCCAAAAAUAAUACCCUAUGUUCCAGACUUCAAGAGUCUAGAUGAGAAAUUUUGCUUUUUAGAUAAAUCAAGAUGUUCUAGUAAUAAUGACUGCUGUUCUAACAACUGCAUUGUUGGUGAAAGUGGUUUACUGCGUACUUGUAAUCCUGGAAUAAAAAAUCAGCUGGAUAAUUUUGGAAAAACGGAAGCUACUAUUGACAAUUCAAAAACUUGUAAAUUAUUUCUAGAACCCUGUAUUAUUAACGAGGACUGUUGUUCUAAGGAGUGUAUUAAGGUUCCAGUAAGCCUUUCUUGGGCUCAAUUCUGUACUGAAGUGAAGCCGAAAAUCAUUGAAGAUCAUGGAAGUACUACUAUGAUGCCACAAAAAGAAAAUGAUAUUGGAUGUGCCCUUAUUGGAGAUAAGUGUCUUGCCAACGUUGAUUGCUGUUCUAAGAGAUGUUCUAAUUAUCCAGGCACAACUUUUCGGUCAUGUGUCUAAGACAUAAUUUUUAUUUCUUUAUUUUUCCAUAAAAAUCU